AUGAAGCUCACUACUGCUUUCCUGGCUGGUCUGCUCUCUGCAAGCACCGUCGUCGCUGCUCCUGGCACUGCUAUGCGCCGCAAGCGUGCUGAGAGUGCUCGUGCUGGUCUCCUCAAGGCUCCUAAGCCUUUCAUUGCUGCCACCAACGUAACCGCUGUUGUCCACGGUCCCGAGAACAAGCAAGUCAGCUACUCCAACAACUGGGCUGGCGGUGUCCUCGAAGGUUCCGGCUGGAAGACCGUCACCGGCACUUUCACCAUCCCUAAGGUCACUGUGCCCUCCGGUGGUAGCUCUAGAACUCUCUACUCUGCCUCUGCUUGGGUCGGUAUCGACGGAUACUCCUGCGAGUCUGCUAUUUUGCAGACUGGUGUCGACUUCAGCAUCCAGGGUGGUGCUGUCACCUAUGAUGCCUGGUACGAAUGGUACCCCGACUACGCCUACGACUUCUCCGGCAUCAGCUUUUCUGCCGGCGAUAGUGUCACUGUCACCGUGACCGCCUCUUCCACCACCGGCGGUGUGGCCACCAUUAAGAACAACAGCAAAGGCCAGUCCGUCAGCCACACCUUCAGCCGCGAAACUGCAGGCACUCUCUGCCAGACUGAUGCCGAGUGGAUUGUCGAGGACUUCACUCAAAUCGAGAAUGGACAGGAAUCUCUUGUUCCCCUGUCCGACUUCGGCACUAUCACUUUCACUGGUGCUUCGGCUACUACUAACAGUGGAUCUAAGUAUGGUCCUUCUAGUGCCGAUGUCAUUGAUCUUAUCUCUGCUAAUGGCGAAACCGUCCUGACUGAUGUUACUGUUGGUUCUUCUUCUGUUACUGUCGUUUACGAGUAA